AUGGUCCUGCUCAAACCUUGCCGAGCCUUCUUGCUCAGCCUCGUCCUCAUGGCAGUCUCUGCUUCAGCAUUGCCCAAAGGCAGCUCCUCUUCUUCUGAGGGUAGCAGCAAGCCCAGCAGGUGGACCUUGUUUCCGAACUUCCGAAAGUCCAAACUCGACCGCCUCCCGAGCGACCCACCCAUCAUCGAACAAGCACGAGAGCUCAUGACCGAGCACCAGUACCUCGAGAUCAAACCGCUCUGGGACCAUGCCGUCAAGCAGAAGUGGAUUCAUGGGCACAAUGGCCUUCCCAUCCAGGUCGAUGGCAAGCGUCGCAAAGCGGAAGCCGAGGCAAUCGAUCAGCUCAUGAGCAAGCUCGACCCGUUCAUCGAGGAGCUCGGCAAGAAGAUGGCCUGA